GGGAAGUCCAGAUAUAGUGAAUACAGGGUUCUGGGAGACCAGAUAUAGUGAAUUGCAGGGUCCGGGAGACCGAAAAUAGUGAAUGCAGGGUCCGGGGAGACCGGAUAUAGUUGAAUGCAGGGUCAGGGGAGACCGGAUUAAUAGUGAAUACAGGGUCUGGGGAGAGCAGAUAUUAGUGAAUGCAGGGUCUGGGGAGACCAGAUAUAAUGAAUGCAGGGUCCUGGGAGACCAGAUAUAGUGAAUGCAGGGUCCUGGGAGACCAGAUAUAGUGAAUGCAGGCUCCGGGGAGAUCAGAUAUAGUGAAUGCAGGGUCCGUGGAGACCAGAUAUAGUGAACGCAGGGUCGGGGGAGACCAGAUAAAGU